UUUUCACUUGUUGGCAGCCCCCUAAACCGGUGUCGAAGAUUCAUCAACUUCCGCUGGCACACGGCGUUCAGGGCCACUUCCUGCCUCUCUCCUUAGCCAACGGGGUUAUACGGCCGACGUGUAACCCGCGUUUUGUCGCGAAAGCCAUCUCAAAAUGGGGUUCGUUAAGGUAGUCAAGAACAAGCAGUACUUCAAGAGGUACCAGGUUAAGUUCAAGAGGCGUCGUGAAGGAAAGACCGACUACUUCGCCCGCAAACGUCUGGUCGCCCAGGACAAAAACAAAUACAAUACCCCCAAGUACCGUCUUGUCGUCCGUUUAUCCAACCGUGACGUCACCUGUCAGAUUGCGUACUCCAGGAUUGAGGGUGACAAGAUCCUGUGCGCAGCAUACAGCCAUGAGUUGCCCAAGUAUGGUGUCAAAGUCGGUCUUACCAACUAUGCCGCCGCCUACUGCACAGGUCUCCUCCUUGCCCGUAGACUUCUUAACAAGUUGAACUUGGACAAGUUGUACAUUGGUACCACAGAAGUCACUGGUGAAGAGUACAUUGUUGAAGAACUCGACAAUGGCCCCGGAGCAUUCAAGUGUUUCCUUGACGUCGGUCUGGCUAGGACCAGCACUGGCGCCAGGGUUUUCGGUGCCAUGAAGGGAGCUGUUGAUGGUGGUUUAAAUAUCCCUCACAGCACCAAGAGGUUCCCUGGUUUUGAUGCUGAAUCCAAGGAAUUCAACGCAGAGGUCCUCCGCCAGCACAUCUUUGGUCAACAUGUUGCUGAGUACAUGCGCCACCUCUCAGAGGAAGAUGAUGAGGCCUACAAACGCCAGUUUGCUCUUUACAUCAAGAAUGGAAUUAAUGCCGAUAGUAUUGAGGGUCUCUACAAGAAAUGCCAUGAGGCUAUCAGAGCCGACCCUGUCCGCAAGGUUGUUGUGAAGAAGGAGCACCCCAAGAAGAGAUGGACCCAGAAGAAACUCACCCUUGAACAGAGGAAGGCCAAGAUUGCCAAGCAGAAGGCUGAGUUCAUUAAGAAAAUUGAGGCUGGAGAGGUUGAAUAAACUGUACUUGUUGGAAAUUAAAUCAGCCUAUUACAUA